AUGAUCUGGCAUCCUUUACUGCUUGCAAUCGGCUUUUUGCUGACUGCAACCAGCGCCAAAGACCUGGGAAAUGUGUUCACCUCGCUUUCGCUCGAGGGUCCCGAAGCUGACAACUACUCCCCGGACAAACUUUGGAAUGCGUACCUGGAUUUCGCCCUGACUCCGGCAAUGAACGUGCAGCAAGGCGACACCUUCACUUUGGACGCCCCCAACGUGCUCAAGUUCUACCCCGGCCGCACCAUCGGCGACAACGGCUACGUUCCAAUCUAUGACGGCUCCGGCGCCACGAUCGCCAACUGUUUGAUCCAAAACGGGUUCCACACGGCCUCCAAAUCGUCUCUGAAAUGUACCGUGGGUCAAUCUAACAUCUACAAGGCCUCUGGAUCUGUCAAACUCGGUUUCGUGUUCAACUACGGUGGCUCCGGCGAUGCAGCCGCCGUGAGUGCCGCCAACACCUUCAAGAACCCGGGCGCCAACACCGUGACCUGGAACGGCCUCCAAGCUACCGCCGACUUCGGCUUGCCCGUCGGCAUGGUCCCUGUGUCGUCUCGUUCCUACCGUGGCUACGACUCCUUAUACCCUGCGCCCGCCAACUUCCAACAAAUGUUCUUCCUGGGCACCACAUGCAGCAAUGUUUACAGUGAAACCAUCACCAUCACAUUGUCAGGAUCGCCAGGCAACAAUGGACAGCUUGCCUCUUGCGAGAGCGUCGAGGUCAUGAUGGCUUCCUCAUUCAGCAGCUUCAACAUGCCUCAAAACGCCAAGCAAAUCCCAUCAAGCGACCUACAGCUGCAAUGUUCCGGCAACACUGUAAGAGUGACAGUCUCGAACAUUCCCGCUAACAACUACGUUUUUGUUACUGCCAUGCAGCUGAUGGAUCGUUCGAUCUCGAAUGUUGCCUAUUACAACACCUACCAAGAAACCAAAUACUGCAGUUCCAGACCUACGUUCAACACUAUCAACAAAUCCUAUAAUUUCGUCAAAGGUUCAGCAGAAGGUUUCGGUAAUCCUGAAGAACUAAAAUGGCACACAACAACCGAGGGAUGGUCCGGAUCUUACACCACCAGUCGUACUGCCACUUCUGCCGUUACCGGGACCGACGGUGCACUAACACCAGAACCAGUGCUGGUCAUUGAAACUCCCACUGUUGCUACCCAAUCGACCACUUUCACUCCAUGGUCAGGGUCCGUUACUUCUACGUACUCGACCUCUCUAAAGACGUGGACAGGUUCCAACGGAAUUGGUACUACUGAAACCAUCUACUUUGUCGAGACACCAACAGUGGGCAUAAAGAAAACCACCACCACUGGGUACUCCGGCUCGAUCACUUCGACCUACUCCACUCAAACCAGAACUUUUACCGGCUCUGAUGGCAUCCCUACCACCGAAACCCUAUAUUUGGUAGAGACACCAGUUGUCGGAAUUCAGUCCACAACCACUACAGGAUGGAGCAGCAGAUUCACAUCUACUUACUCUACUGGCUUGACCACCUUUACUGGCUCCGAUGGUAUCCCAACCACUGAGACCAUCUACUACGUGGAAACCCCAGUCGUCGGAAUUGAGUCCACAACCACUACAGGCUGGACUGGAUCUGUCACCUCUACCUACUCUACCGAAUUGACCACUUUCACUGGCUCUGACGGUAUUCCAACCACCGAAACUAUCUACUACGUUGAGACCCCAGUCGUUGGAAUUGAGUCCACAACCACCACAGGCUGGACCGGAUCCGUCACUUCCACUUUUUCUACCGAGUUGACCACCUUUACUGGAUCUGACGGUAUUCCAACCACUGAGACCAUCUACUACGUCGAAACACCCGUCGUCGGAAUUGAGUCCACAACCACUACAGGCUGGACUGGAUCUGUUACUUCUACCUACUCUACCGAGUUGACCACUUUCACUGGCUCUGACGGUAUUCCAACCACUGAGACCAUCUACUUCGUUGAGACCCCAGUCGUCGGAAUUGAGUCCACAACCACUACAGGCUGGACCGGAUCUGUCACCUCUACCUUCUCUACUGAAAUGACCACCUUCACUGGCUCUGACGGUAUCCCAACCACUGAGACUAUCUACUACGUGGAGACACCAGUUGUUGGCUUGAACUCUACAGUCACAACCGGAUGGACCGGAUCUGUUACUUCCACCUUCUCUACUGAAAUGACCACGUUCACCGGCUCUGACGGUAUCCCAACCACUGAGACCAUCUACUACGUGGAAACCCCAGUCGUCGGAAUUGAGUCUACAACCACUACAGGCUGGACUGGAUCUGUCACCUCUACCCACUCUACCGAGUUGACCACUUUCACUGGAUCUGACGGCAUUCCAACCACCGAAACUAUCUACUACGUGGAGACCCCUGUUGUUGGCGUGAACUCAACCACCACUACAGGUUGGGUUGGUCGUAUCACUUCAACCUACUCUACCGAGUUGACCACUUUCACUGGAUCGGAUGGUAUUCCAACCACCGAAACUAUCUAUUACGUGGAGACCCCAAUUGUUGGAGAGAACUUGACCGUGACAACCGGAUGGACUGGAUCUAUAACCUCAACCUACUCUACCGAGUUGACCACCUUUACUGGCUCUGACGGUAUUCCAACCACCGAGACCAUCUACUACGUGGAAACGCCAGUUGUUGGCUUGAACUCUACAGUCACAACCGGAUGGACUGGAUCUAUGACCUCAACCUACUCUACGGAAAUGACCACGUUCACUGGAUCUGACGGUAUUCCAACCACUGAGACUAUCUACUAUGUGGAAACCCCAGUCGUUGGCUUAAACUCCACAGUGACCACCGGAUGGACUGGAACCGCUACCAGCACCUUUUCUACAGACUUGACCACCUUCACUGGAUCUGAUGGUAUUCCAACAACUGAGACUAUCUACUACGUGGAGACCCCAGUUGUUGGCGUAAACUCCACAGUGACCACCGGAUGGACUGGAACCGCUACCAGUACCUUUUCUACAGACUUGACCACCUUCACAGGUUCUGACGGUAUUCCAACCACUGAGACGAUCUACUACGUGGAGACCCCAGUCGUUGGCUUAAACUCCACAGUGACCACCGGAUGGACUGGAACCGCUACCAGCACCUUUUCUACAGACUUGACCACCUUCACUGGAUCUGAUGGUAUUCCAACAACUGAGACUAUCUACUACGUGGAGACUCCAGUUGUUGGCUUGAACUCCACAGUGACUACUGGGUGGACCGGAUCUAUGACCUCAACCUACUCUACCGAGUUGACCACCUUUACUGGCUCCGAUGGUAUCCCAACCACUGAGACCAUCUACUACGUGGAAACCCCAGUCGUCGGAAUUGAGUCCACAACCACUACAGGCUGGACUGGAUCUGUUACUUCUACCUACUCUACCGAGUUGACCACUUUCACUGGCUCUGAUGGAAUCCCAACCACCGAAACUAUCUACUACGUUGAGACCCCAGUUGUUGGCUUGAACUCUACAGUCACAACCGGAUGGACCGGAUCUGUUACUUCCACCUUCUCUACUGAAAUGACCACCUUCACUGGCUCUGACGGUAUCCCAACCACUGAGACUAUCUACUACGUGGAAACCCCGGUCGUUGGAAUUGAGUCCACAACCACCACAGGCUGGACUGGAUCUGUUACUUCCACCUUCUCUACUGAAAUGACCACCUUUACUGGAUCUGACGGUAUUCCAACCACCGAAACUAUUUACUACGUGGAGACCCCUGUUGUUGGCGUGAACUCAACCACCACUACAGGUUGGGUUGGUCGCAUCACUUCAACCUACUCUACCGAGUUGACCACCUUUACUGGCUCCGAUGGUAUUCCAACCACGGAGACCAUUUACUACGUCGAGACUCCAAUUGUUGGAGAGAACUUGACCGUGACAACCGGAUGGACUGGAUCUAUAACCUCAACCUACUCUACCGAGUUGACCACCUUUACUGGCUCUGACGGUAAUCCAACCACCGAAACUAUCUACUACGUCGAAACACCCGUCGUUGGAAUUGAGUCCACAACCACUACAGGCUGGACUGGAUCUGUUACUUCUACCUACUCUACCGAGCUGACCACUUUCACUGGCUCUGAUGGAAUCCCAACCACCGAAACUAUCUACUACGUUGAGACCCCAGUUGUUGGCUUGAACUCUACAGUCACAACCGGAUGGACCGGAUCUGUUACUUCCACCUUCUCUACUGAAAUGACCACUUUCACUGGCUCUGAUGGAAUCCCAACCACCGAAACUAUCUACUACGUUGAGACCCCAGUUGUUGGCUUGAACUCUACAGUCACAACCGGAUGGACCGGAUCUGUUACUUCCACCUUCUCUACUGAAAUGACCACCUUCACUGGCUCUGACGGUAUUCCAACCACCGAAACUAUCUACUACGUCGAGACCCCAGUGGUUGGCGUGAACUCAACCACCACUAAAGGUUGGGUUGGACGCAUCACUUCAACUUACUCUACCGAGUUGACCACCUUUACUGGCUCCGAUGGUAUUCCAACCACUGAGACCAUUUACUACGUCGAGACCCCAAUUGUUGGCUUGAACUCCACAGUCACAACCGGAUGGACUGGAUCUAUGACCUCAACCUACUCUACGGAAAUGACCACGUUCACUGGAUCUGACGGUAUUCCAACCACUGAGACUAUCUACUAUGUGGAAACCCCAGUCGUUGGCUUAAACUCCACAGUGACCACCGGAUGGACUGGAACCGCUACCAGCACCUACUCUACCGAAUUGACUACCUUCACUGGAUCUGAUGGAAUCCCAACCACUGAGACUAUCUACUACGUGGAGACCCCAGUCGUUGGUUUAAACUCUACAGUCACAACCGGGUGGACUGGAACCGCUACCAGCACCUACUCUACCGAAUUGACUACCUUCACUGGAUCUGAUGGAAUCCCAACCACUGAGACUAUCUACUACGUGGAGACCCCAAUUGUUGGCUUGAACUCCACAGUCACAACCGGAUGGACUGGAACCGCUACCAGCACCUUUUCUACAGACUUGACCACCUUCACUGGCUCCGACGGUAUUCCAACCACUGAGACUAUCUACUACGUGGAGACACCAGUUGUUGGCGUAAACUCCACAGUGACCACUGGGUGGACCGGAUCUGUUACUUCAACCUUCUCAACUGAAAUGACCACGUUCACCGGCUCUGACGGUAUCCCAACCACUGAGACUAUCUACUACGUGGAAACGCCAGUUGUUGGCUUGAACUCCACAGUCACCACCGGAUGGACUGGUUCUAUGACCUCGACCUACUCUACGGAAAUGACUACCUUCACUGGAUCUGACGGCAUUCCAACCACCGAAACUAUUUACUAUGUCGAGACCCCAGUGGUUGGCGUGAACUCAACCACCACUAAAGGUUGGGUUGGACGCAUCACUUCAACUUACUCUACCGAGUUGACCACUUUCACUGGAUCGGAUGGUAUUCCAACCACCGAAACUAUCUAUUACGUGGAGACACCAGUUGUUGGCGUAAACUCCACUGUGACCACUGGGUGGACCGGAUCUGUUACUUCAACCUUCUCUACUGAAAUGACCACGUUCACCGGCUCUGACGGUAUCCCAACCACUGAGACCAUCUACUACGUGGAAACGCCAGUUGUUGGCUUGAACUCUACAGUUACAACCGGAUGGACUGGAUCUAUGACCUCAACGUACUCUACCGAGUUGACCACCUUCACUGGCUCCGAUGGUGUUCCAACCACUGAGACCAUUUACUACGUCGAGACCCCAGUUGUUGGCUUGAACUCCACGGUUACGACCGGAUGGACUGGGACCGCUACCAGUACCUUCUCCACAGACUUGACAACCUUCACUGGAUCUGAUGGUGUCCCAACAACCGAAACCAUCUACUACGUGGAGACCCCAGUUGUUGGCUUGAACUCUACAGUCACCACCGGAUGGACUGGAUCUAUGACCUCAACCUUCUCAACUGAAAUGACCAUCUUCACUGGCUCUGACGGUAUUCCAACCACUGAGACUAUCUACUACGUUGAGACCCCAGUCGUCAGCGGCGCCACUACUGUCUUCACCGGAUGGACUGGAUCUGUCACUUCCACCUACUUUACUGAUAUGACCACCUUCACUGGAUCUGAUGGUAUUCCAACAACUGAGACUAUCUACUACGUCGAGACCCCAGUUGUUGGCGUAAACUCCACAGUGACUACUGGGUGGACGGGAUCUGUCACUUCAACCUUCUCUACUGAAAUGACCACGUUCACUGGCUCCGACGGUAUCCCAACCACUGAGACUAUCUACUACGUUGAGACCCCAGUCGUCAGCGGCGCCACUACUGUCUUCACCGGAUGGACUGGAUCUGUCACUUCCACCUACUCUACUGAUAUGACCACUUUCACUGGAUCUGAUGGUAUUCCAACAACUGAGACUAUCUACUACGUUGAGACCCCAGUCGUCAGCGGUGCUACUACUGUCUUUACCGGAUGGACUGGAACCGUUACCAGUACCUUCUCCACGGACUUGACCACUUUCACUGGAUCUGAUGGUAUUCCAACAACUGAGACCAUCUACUACGUCGAAACACCCACUUCCAGUAUGCAAUCCACUGAGGGCAUGUCAACUGCUACUUUAGUCACGACCAUGUGCACUUCGUGGACCGGUCGUUACACGAGCACAUUCUCCACCGACACCGCUUUGUUCACUGGUUCUGAUGGUAUUUUGACGACCGAAACGCUAUACCAUGUCGAGACACCAAACCUGCCAUAUUUCGGAAACUCUUCCGUUGUUGCGCCCACCAGGUCAUCCGUUAGCAGAUCUUCAUCUGUCUCUUCAAUUUUGAGUGGAUCCACAUCAUCUGCUCUCUCAUCAUCAUUCUCCAGCUCUCAAGUUAGGUCUACGAGCUCUCAAAUCUCUAGUACGGUCUCGUCUGGUGCUAUCCCACCACCAUCCGUUUCUGCUACACCAUCCUCCAGCAUCAACUCCUUUGAAAAGUCACAAUCGUCAGUCUCUGUUCCAUUCUCCUCCAACACUGGCGUUCAGUCCGAAACUACACAGGUCUCCAGCACGUCUGCAUCUGAUACGACAGCGUCUAGUGUACAAGAAUCGACAACUGCAACUAGCAAAACCUUGUUGACUCCAAGUUCCUCUUUCUCUAGUCAGCAGACACCAUCCCAGCCAUCACAACAAUCAACUGUGAUCCAUACCUCCGUGUCGUCAGCUUUCUCUAGCACAUCUUCUUCUCAGCCAAGCGCUUCAUCCACAACCGUGGUUCAAACCGCGACCACCGGAAAAAGCACUGAAGUACCAAGCUCGAGUGACAUAACAACAGCUUCCUCUAAGCCUGGUGUUUCAUCUACAACUGUGGUUCAAACCGCCACCACCGGAACAAGCACUGAAGCACUAACUUCGAAUGACACACCAACAUCGUCCUAUCCUGAGUCAUCUUCUUCGUCGACCAGAAACUCUGAAAGCACGGUCAUUCCUACCUCAAGUUCCUCCGAAAGUGCGAAUUUGGUACAAAGCACUAGCCACGUUGUCCAGGAGACUACACAAACAUCGACUUCUUCACACAGCUCUGGCAGUUCGACGUCGUCGACGAGCACCACUGACUCUAAGUCAGCUACGCCAUUGUCAUCCUCAGCAUCAUCGUCUGAGUCUGUUACGAGAGCUACAACAUCAUUGCAAGGUGGUAGUGAUGUCAAAUCUUUGCCAUCUGCCUCGAUGUCCACAAACUCACCAAGUAAUAACGGCCAUCAAGAGCCACCACAAACUACAGAGUUAGCACCUCAGCCAUCGCCAUAUAAAUCCUCUUCCGGAUUUAGCGAUGCUACGAAGGCCACCUCAACACUAUCUGGUACCGGCAGUGGUGAUCACGCAUCUAGUCCAGCUUCACCUUACGCCAACCCAGAAACGACGCCAACUGGAACUGCGGCUUACGAAAGCACCACUGAGACUAUAAGCAAGUUCCAGACAACAACUGCUUCCAUAUCCAGUAGCACACCUGUGAGGUCUUCAGUAACAACAGCGGCCCAAUCUUCAACUCAAAGUAUUUCUACCUACGAAGGAGGUGCUAGCAAGCUGAAAUUUGGUCUCCUUCUCGCUCUACCUUUAGCCUUGAUCUAA